AUGGAGGACGUAAUAGCCCGCAUGCAGGAUGAGAAGAAUGGAAUUCCUAUCCGCACUGUGAAAAGUUUUUUAUCCAAGAUUCCAAGUGUUUUUUCAGGUAAACAUCUUAAUUUACCUAAAGCUUGUGUUCUAAUAUAUUGUAAACGUUGAAAUGGUAAUGCCAGCUAACAAGGACUUUUGGGUUCUGACUGACUUGGAGAGCUGUCCGUGGUUCUGAAACCCAUACACCUAAACCAGAGAUGAAAUAGAAUAUCAAAAUGAAUCAUAAUGUUGCAGGGAGCUGCCAGAGAUCUGAAAAGAGAACCCAAGGUUGAGAAACGACUCUCAAAACUGAACACAAUGGAAACUUGAAGGCUAGAUAGCAACAUAAAUAUAGGGCGGCAGGUAGCUUAGUGGGUAAGAGCGUUGUGCCAGUAACCGAAAGGUCGCUGGUUUUAAUCCCCGAGCCGACUAGGUGAAAAAUCUGUUGAUGUGCCAUUAAGCAAGGCACUUAACCCUAAUUGCUCAUGUAAGUCGCUCUGGAUAAGAGCGUCUGCUAAAUAAUGUAAUUUAAUAAAUGUUGCUUGUUCUCUAUAAUACCUUAUGCAAAAGUGGAGUAUGCGUAUUCCCUUUGCAGGACAGCAAACAGCAGAUAUGAUCUAAUAUGGGUUGUCAUUAUUCAUCUGAGUUGUCAUUAUUCAGGAAGGCACUAGUGACCCUUGAAUACAUAUACAAUUAGAACAGUUGAUGUAAUGUAAGUGGUGAUCCUGGAACAGUAAAGUACUCUGGGGCCGAUAUGAAGUUCAUAGAAAGACUAAAUGAACAGCACAGCCACAAGAUGAUUGGAAAGACAUGUUCUGUUCAGUCUUAUUCAGUGUUGCUCUGCAUUCAGUUAAAAUGAAAUGCCCCCUAUUUAGUAGUAGCUGUCACGAUCGUCUGAGGAAGCGGACCAAUACGCAGCGCGUGGAGUGAACAUGAUGACUUUAUUCAAAUAAAAGCAACCACGAAAACAACAAACAAAUGACGAUAGUGAAGUCCUACAGUGACUAUGACUGAACCUGGAACAAAAACCCACAAUGCCCACAGGAAAACAUUCAGAUUAAAUAUGGCUCCCAAUCAGAGAUAACGAGCCGACAGCUGACACUCGUUACCUCCGAUUGGGAGUCACACGACACCACAAUUAACACACCCAAAACACAACCAACCGAAUACACCCUUACAACCAACCCCACAACAAAUACCCAACAAAACAAAUACACCCUGGCUCAAAUCCAAAAGUCCCGGAGCCAGAGUGUUACAGUACCCCCCCCUAAAGGUGCGCACUCCGGGCGCACCAGCAUACAGUCUCGGGGAGGGUCUGGGUGGGCGUCUGUCCACGGUGGCGGUUCUGGCCCUGGUCGUGGUCCCCACCCCACCUUAGUCACCACCCGCUUCCCUAGCCUCCUCCACAUGACCACCCUCCAACUUACUCCACCUGGAUUUAGGGGCAGCACCGGGCUAAGGGACAGCACCUGGCUAAGGGGCAGCACCGGACUAAGAGGCGGAUCCUGGCUGGCUGGCUCUGGCGGAUUCUGGCUGGACGGCUCAUGGCAGGCUGAAGGAUCCGGCUGCUCAUGGCUGGCUGACGGAUCUGGCUGCUCAUGGCUGGCCGACGGAUCUGGCUGCUCAUGGCUGGCCGACGGAUCUGGCUGCUCAUGGCUGGCCGACGGAUCUGGCUGCUCAUGGCUGGCGGAAGGCUCUGGCUGAUCCUGUCUGGCGGAAGGCUCUGGCUGAUCCUGUCUGGCAGAAGGCUCUGGCUGAUCCUGUCUGGCAGAAAGCUCUGGCUGAUCCUGUCUGGCGGAAGGCUCUGGCUGAUCCUGUCUGGCGGAAGGCUCUAGCGGCUCUGGUCUGGCGGACGGCUCUGAUGGCUCAUGGCAGACGGGCGGCUUUGCAGGCUUUGGGCAGACGGGCAGUUCAGGCCCCGUUGGGCAGACGGCAGACUCUGGCCGUCUGAGGCGCACCGUAGACUUAGUGCGGGUGGCCGGAACAGGCCGGACCGGGCUGGCGACGCGCACCGUAGUCUUGGUGCGGGUGGCAGGAACAGGCCGGGUCGGGCUGGCGACGCGCACCGUAGUCUUGGUGCGGGUGGCAGGAACAGGCCGGACCGGGCUGGCGACGCGCACCGUAGUCUUGGUGCGGGUGGCAGGAACAGGCCGGACCGGGCUGGCGACGCACACCGUAGACUUGGUGCGGGUGGCAUGAACAGGCCGGACCGGGCUGUGGAGACGGAUAGGAGGCCUGGAGCGAACAGCGGACACCACCCGUCCUGGCUGAAUGCCUACCCUCACGCACUCUGUGUGAGGCAUCCGCACAGGACAUACAGGGCGGUGUACCCCUGGCCUGGUGGCCUCCUGGAUACUCCCCCUUUUCUCCUCCGUCAGCCCCGUCGUCCAUGCCGUGUGCCCCCCCCUAAAAAAUUUCUGGGGUUGACUCACGACCCUCCGACGAUGGCCCUGCUGCCGCCGUUGCUCCUCUCUCGCCAGGGCCUUGAUCCUUCCCCAAGGUCCCUUGCCUCCGAGCAUGUCCUCCCAGGACCACGAUGUGCCCACCUGGGCCAUCGCCAGCCUCUCUAUCUCCUUGCCCGGUGCCUCCUCCCAUGUCCAGUCUCCUUGCUCCUGGACACGCUGCUUGGUCUUUCUUUGGUGGGUUUUUCUGUCACGAUCGUCUGAGGAAGCGGACCAAUACGCAGCGCGUGGAGUGAACAUGAUGACUUUAUUCAAAUAAAAGCAACCACGAAAACAACAAACAAAUGACGAUAGUGAAGUCCUACAGUGACUAUGACUGAACCUGGAACAAAAACCCACAAUGCCCACAGGAAAACAUUCAGAUUAAAUAUGGCUCCCAAUCAGAGAUAACGAGCCGACAGCUGACACUCGUUACCUCCGAUUGGGAGUCACACGACACCACAAUUAACACACCCAAAACACAACCAACCGAAUACACCCUUACAACCAACCCCACAACAAAUACCCAACAAAACAAAUACACCCUGGCUCAAAUCCAAAAGUCCCGGAGCCAGAGUGUUACAGUAGCUUUAGUACAAUAGUGUGUUAAUUGAGACACACACACUCUCCCCUCCAUAUUUAUUUGGACAGUGAAGCUACAUACAGUGAGGGAAAAAAGUAUUUGAUCCCCUGCUGAUUUUGUACAUUUGCCCACUGACAAAUAAAUUAUCAGUCUAUAAUUUCAAUGGUAGGUUUAUUUGAACAGUGAGAGACAGAAUAACAACCAAAAAAUCCAGAAAAACGCAUGUCAAAAAUGUUAUAAAUUGAUUUGCAUUUUAAUGAGUGAAAUAAGUAUUUGACCCCCUCUCAAUCAGAAAGAUUUCUGGCUCCCAGGUGUCUUUUAUACAGGUAACGAGCUGAGAUUAGGAGCACACUCUUAAAGGGAGUGCUCCUAAUCUCAGUUUGUUACCUGUAUAAAAGACACCUGUCCACAGAAGCAAUCAAUCAAUCAGAUUCCAAACUCUCCACCAUGGCCAAAGACCAAGGAUGUCAGGGACAAGAUUGUAGACCUACAUAAGGCUGGAAUGGGCUACAAGACCAUCGCUAAGCAGCUUGGUGAGAAGGUGACAACAGUUGGUGCGAUUAUUCGCAAAAGGAAGAAACACAAAAUAACUGUCAAUCUCCCUCGGCCUGGGGCUCCAUGCAAGAUCUCACCUCGUAGAGUUGCAAUGAUCAUGAGAAUGGUGAGGAAUCAGCCCAGAACUACAUGGGAGAAUCUUGUCAAUGAUCUCAAGGCAGCUGGGACUAUAGUCACCAAGAAAACAAUUGGUAACACACUACGCCGUGAAGGACUGAAAUCCUGCAGCGCCCGCAAGGUCCCCCUGCUCAAGAAAGCACAUAUACAUGCCUGUCUGAAGUUUGCCAAUCCACAUCUGAAUGAUUCAGAGGAGAACUGGGUGAAAGUGUUGUGGUCAGAUGACACAACUUCACCGCAUCAAAGGGACGAUGGACGGGGCCAUGUACCGUCAAAUCUUGGGUGAGAACCUCCUUCCCUCAGCCAGGGCAUUGAAAAUGGGUCGUGGAUGAGUAUUACAGCAUGACAAUGACCCAAAACACAUGGCCAAGGCAACAAAGGAGUGGCUCAAGAAUAAGCACAUUAAGGUCCUGGAGUGGCCUAGCCAGUCUCCAGACCUUAAUCCCAUAGAAAAUCUGUGGAGGGAGCUGAAGGUUCGAGUCGCCAAACAUCAGCCUCGAAACCUUAAUGACUUGGAGAAGAUCUGCAAAGAGGAGUGGAACAAAAUCCCUCCUGAGAUGUGUGCAAACCUGGUGGCCAACUACAAGAAACGUCUGACCUCUGUGAUUGCCAACACGGGUUUUGCCACCAAGUACUAAGUCAUGUUUUGCAGAGGGGUCAAAUACUUAUUUCCCUCAUUAAAAUGCAUAUCAAUUUAUAAAAAUUUUGACAUGCGUUCUUCUGGAUUUUUUUGUUGUUAUUCUGUCUCUCACUGUUCAAAUACCAUUAAAAUUAUAGACUGAUAAUUUCUUUCUCAGUGGGCAAACGUUCAAAAUCAGCAGGGGAUCAAAUACUUUUUUCCCUCACGGUAUAUACACAUCAUACAUACAUACAUGCUGUCAUAAUAUUAUAUUAUUUUCAGAAUAGCCUUGUAGCAGAUUACCUCACACAUCUCACUAUUUUAACCUCCUAGAAAGUGGGUCAUUGCUGAAUGUGUGACGAUUACUGGGUGUAUUAAUGAUGUUAAUCCAUGAUCAAUCUCAUCUGGAUAUGCUAAUGUAGUCUGGGAUCGUUAAGACAGCCUUGGUUAUUAUCUUACAGUUUUUCUCAAUCGCGUACGAUUUUUUUUUUUUUAAUGCUGUUGAUUUUCCAAAUAGUGUACUCGAGACACAGAACUCUGUGGCCUUUUGCAAAACAGUAAAUGCAGUUGAUAAAUACAUUCAUCAAAACUAUAUGAUACCAUAAAAAUUGCAAAUACAUUCAUCAAAAGAACACAACGGAUGCUCUUUUGAUGAAAAAAGAUUAACACAAACAUUUCUCAUAAAUCUAACCUGACAAAACAGAAAGUAACCCUGUUUUUAAAAAAAUCCCAGUUGAUCAAUACAUUUUAUUUGCAGUCACUAAAUCAUAAUGAUCACAAUUGGACAUACAACAAUUAAAAUGUGCAGAAUUAUGGGCAAAUACUCUCCUUUUAUGCAUACUUCACCAAACAAUCAAAUGAAAUGUAAUUCAUGAUCAAAAAGAAAAUGGAAAGUAAGCACAUUGUGUGCAGGAUCCAAUUCUCAUCACAAUCCAUUUCCAUGUAUUCAACACAUAGGCUGGUCCGCUCAUAGGCUUGUUGACUUUCCAUCAGCAAGCAGAAACACAGCAUUAAUUCAAACAGUGCUUCCCAAACUGUGGGUCGUGGCAGGGGUCCAGGUAGGUGGCAGGAUUAAAUGUUUUGUGCAACAAAAAAAAUAUACAAAUACACACUUUCAGUGUAAACAUAAACAACUAAAACAAAAUAGAAAGUAUGUUGAAAAGAUAAUGGACCUACAUAUUUUAAAAUAUAAGAUAAUUUCUGAAAUAGCAGUGGACCGGAAUCAAACCCAUGCUGCAGCAUUAUAUGUGCUCCAGAGGCAGCAGCUAAGACCAUAAGACCAACCUAGGUCACAAUAUUUUCUCUUCUGAUGAAAACAAUGUGUUGAUAUUCUGUGAACAAAACACUUUACAGGGAAUUUUGUAUUCAUUAAUGACAAUUGAAUUUCAAGUUUUGCAAAAGUGGGUCUAAGAUACGCAAUCCAGGUACAACGCCAAGAAAAAGAUCAGACAUUCCGCAGAUGUAUUUAAGCAUUUGAUCAUUAUUGUUCUGCUUUGGGUUCAUUUAACCACAGUUUAAAAAAUGCUUGUACGCGAUUGAGACUGCAAUCCACCGAUUUUUUUGAAGUUGUGGUAAGACGUGGCGUGUCCUCUGGAGCUCAUCUCAGAGACAGAGGAAGAAAGAGAAAGGUGUGGGGGUCACGCUGACCCUUUUUCUUCAUAUAACACCUUCUGUCCAUCUCUUACACCACACCUUAGAGAGCAGAGACGGAGAAAGAAAGACACAGUGAUAAUAACUUUUCUAUCUAGGCCAUGUGAACACCAGUGGUUGAGCUGGGGUGUGAAGAUUACUUGAUGUCAGAUGUUACACUCAAUAUUGUGGGCUGUUAAGAUGAUUUACAUUACUAUCAUUUUUAUUCAAGUGCAGUAAUGAUGGCUUUACAUCCAUUCUAAGUAUAUGGCUUUGAUAUGUACUAGGCAUGGUGUCCUCCUUAGCAUUAGUUAGACAGGUUCUGCCAUGACUGUUCCAGCCACUAUCAGGGGUGUAAUUUGUAUGAAUGGGAACAGAGGUAGGUGGUUUCUAAUGCCUAUAAUAAAAGCAUGGCGUGUUGGACUGCCAAUUACCCACCCACAUGCUAGGAAUUUGCAUGUAAUUAAGCCGAUUCUGGUGUAUUAAAGGGGAAAUCUGGAGUUCAAACAAUAACAAAUGAGGGAUGGGACUGGAGAAAUGUAACCACUCUCAAAUUCAUAGACACAGCUUUGACUGACCGUCAAUGCUAUCCAAAUUAAAAUUGUAACUAUGUUGUGAGAGUAUACAAUGUUUAUUUAAAAUAACAAUGUUUACAAACAAUGGAGUAAAACAAGCUUAUAUUCUGGGUUCUGAUGUGGUACGACAGUUGAACUAAGCUUAUGAGGCAUUUAUACGUUAUAUUCUUCAAGAAUCAGUGGGUAUAUAUCAUUGAUCUAAAAGUCCACAAAUGGAUGUUGUCACGCCCUGGCUCUGGGGACUCUUUAAUGUUGAGCCAGGGUGUUAGUACCUAUGUUUAGUUGUUCCUUGUUUUCUGUAUAGAUCGUUUAGAUCUAUGUUGGCCAGGGUGGUUCCCGAUCAGAGGCAGCUGUUGCUCGUUGUCUCUGAUUGGGAACCAUACUGUUUUGCACAGUUGAUUGUGGGAUCUUGUUCUGUAUAGGUUUGUGUUGGUGAACCUUUAGACUUCACGUAUCGUUUUGUUGUUGGUGUCAAGUACUCAUUAAAAGAUGUACGCCUAUCACGCUGCGCCUUGGUCUGUCUCUUACAACGAUCGUGACAGAAGAUCCCACCAAAAUAGGACCAAGCAGCGUGUUCCGGAGCAAACGCCGGGUAUGGAACAGGAGGUUACUCUGGUAGAUGUCCUCCUCGGUUGGGGGAGAAUCACAGAGGAGGAGGCCGUCCGCUACCGGAGGGCGAUGAGGGAGGAUGCCCAGGCAGGAGAGGAGAAGCGGCGCCAACCGGGCUGUCGUCGGACAGGCGAGAGGCAACCCCAAGAAAUGUUUGGGGGGGGGGGGGGGGGGGGGGGCACACGGCAUGGACGACGGGGCUGCUGGAGGCAGCUACAGGGCGAGUUGCGGACUAGGAGAGGAGGCCACCAGGUUACGGGGGCCAUUGGUCAUGAGGGGGAAGGAGAGUGUAGAGGCACGGCGAGAGGUACUGGGGUGUGUUACCAGUCCGGUCCGGCCCGUUCCUGAUCCCCGCACAAGGCCAGUGGUGUGUGUUCCCAGUACGGUCCGGCCUGUUCCUGUCCCUCGCACCAAGCCUGUGGUGCGCGUCGCCAGCCCGGUCCGGCCUGUUCCUGCUCCCCGCACCAAGCCUGUGGUGCGUGUCGCCAGCCCGGUCCGGCCUGUUCCUGCUCCCCGCACCAAGCCUGUGGUGCGCGUCGCCAGCCCGGUCCGGCCUGUUCCUGUCCCUCGCACCAAGCCUGUGGUGCGCGUCGCCAGUCCGGCCCGGCCUGUUCCUGUCCCUCGCACCAAGCCUGUGGUGCGCGUCGCCAGCCCGGUCCGGCCUGUUCCUGCUCCCCGCACCAAGCCUGUGGUGCGCGUCGCCAGUCCGGCCCGGCCUGUUCCUGUCCCUCGCACCAAGCCUGUGGUGCGCGUCGCCAGCCCGGUCCGGCCUGUUCCUGCUCCCCGCACCAAGCCUGUGGUGCGCAUCGCCAGUCCGGCCCGGCCUGUUCCUGUCCCUCGCACCAAGCCUGUGGUGCGCGUCACCAGCCCGGUCCGGCAUGUUCCUGUCCCUCGCACCAAGCCUGUGGUGCGCGUCGCCAGCCCGGUCCGGCCUGUUCCUACUCCCCGCACCAAGCCUGUGGUGCGCAUCGCCAGUCCGGCCCGGCCUGUUCCUGUCCCUCGCACCAAGCCUGUGGUGCGCGUCGCCAGCCCGGUCCGGCCUGUUCCUGCUCCCCGCACCAAGCCAGUGGUGCGCGUCGCCAGCCCGGUCCGGCCUGUUCCUGCUCCCCGCACCAAGCCAGUGGUGCGCGUCGUCAGCCCGGUUCGGCCUGUUCCUGCUCCCCGCACCAAGCCAGUGGUGCGCGUCGUCAGCCCGGUCCGGCCCGUUCCUGCUCCCCGCACCAAGCCAGUGGAGCGCGUCGUCAGCCCGGUCCGGCCCGUUCCCGCUCCCCGCACCAAGCCAGUGGUGCGCGUCGUCAGUCCGGCACGGUACCUGCCUGUUCCACCUGUGCCUGGUCCGGCACCGGUCAGCUGCUCCACGCCGGAGCCAGAGCAAUCCGCUCCACCGGUGUUCAGUCCAGCUUCGGCCAGCAGGGCCAGACCACGAGGGCGAGAGAGAGAGUGAUGGUCACGCCCGGAGCCGGAUCCGCCUCCGAGGCGGAAUGCCCACCCGGCCCCUCCCCUGUGGUGUUUGGUUGGUGCGGUCGCAGUCCGCGCCUUUGGGGGGGGGUACUGUCACGCCCUGGCUCUGGGGACUCUUUCAUGUUGAGCCAGGGUGUUAGUUCCUAUGUUUAGUUGUUCCUUGUUUUCUGUCUAGAUCGUUUAGAUCUAUGUUGGCCAGGGUGGUUCCCGAUCAGAGGCAGCUGUUGCUCGUUGUCUCUGAUUGGGAACCAUACUUAGGCAGCCUGUUUUGCACAGUUGAUUGUGGGACCUUGUUCUGUAUAGGUUUGUGUUGGUGAACCUUUAGACUUCACGUAUCGUUUUGUUGUUGGUGUCAAGUACUCAUUAAAAGAUGUACGCCUAUCACGCUGCGCCUUGGUCUGCCUCUUACAACGAUCGUGUAGCAAUCCCAUAUUUCCCCUUUAAUGUCCACAGUUUACAUCACUGUGCUAAAGGUGCUGUACAGUAUGCUUUGGGUGUAUUUAUGUAUGUGGUUUUACAUUCCAGGUUCUGACAUUGUACAGUGGAUGAUCAAAAACCUGAAUAUUGAAGAUCAAGGUAAUGCAUGAUUAUUAGUGUCCUAUUAUGUAUCCUAUUAUGUGACACUAGACAUGUGAAACAGUGACUCAUUCACAGUUAUGUGACGUAUCGAGACCUUGGGACUAUAAGGUUAUAUCUGUGCAAAGCAUAGUCCUGAGAUAUUGAGAAUCAAUGUUUUCACAUCCCAGAUCUCAGAAUUGUUCUGUAGUGAAUUCUUAUUUUAUAACCCAUUAAGGUCCUAACCUUAAAGGUACCUAAAGUGCAGAGUAUCAAAAUCCUGAAACAUUUGUAAAUCAGAUUUUAUAGGUGGGUGCAAUCGUAGAUAGAACCUUAUGGCUCUGAAAUGUCAAUCUGGGUUCAGCCAUAAGGUUCUGUCUGACAUUUCUGAAUUAGACAUGUUCAGUUUUUAAGAAAACUGUAGCUCUAUUUGAAUACAUAAAUGAUAGAAUAACACAAUUUUACCAAGAUAGAGUCAGAACACAUCAUCAAGUACAUUAAGAAAUGUAUUACUGUCAUCGCUGAACAACGAUGUGACAACAUCAUUUACUUUAAGAUUUCUGACAGUGUUGUUUUUUUUUUGCUUGCGUGCCGUUAUCGCUGGCUAGACUAGCCUAGACCAUACUUAGAGGGAAAUAGCAAAGACGUGUUCUGAUUGGUCCAUCUGUAUUUGUUCAGGCUUGUGAUUGGAUUGCAGAUAGAACCUUAUAGCGCCAAGUUCAAAUGGGUUAAUGCAAAUAGAACUUUGUCGUUUAAUUUUUUUUUCAUAAAAUAUUUACUUCAUAGACAUAUGAAGAACCAUCUAAAUAUCAAUUAUAUGUGACUAACAGAUUUUUGACAAAAACCUUAUAGUCCCAAGGUCUUGAUAUACCACCUUUAUUCUUGAGAAGUUCCUUCCAUAUUGUAUCAUUUUAACAUGUCAAUGGCUAAUUAGAAUCAUUGUAACAUAGUGGAAAACUUUGUUUCUCUAAAACCUCAGUGCAUACAGUAGCAGACUUUUCUAGAGCAAUUUAUUUUUAUGACAUAACAAAAUAUGGAAAAAGUCAAGGGAUCUGAAUACCUUCCGAAUGCAUUCGGAAAGUAUUCAGAUCCCUUGACUUUUUCCACAUUUUGUUAUGUUACAGCCUUAUUUUAAAAUUGAUUAAAUUGUUUUUUCCCCCUUCAAUCUUCACACAAUACUCCAUAAUGGCAAAGCAAAAACAGGUUUUUAUAAAUGUUUGCAAAAAUAAGUUGAAAUAUAACAUUUACAUAAUUAUUCUGAUAGUUUACUCAGUAUUUUGUUGAAGCACCUUUGGCAGCGAUUAUAGCCUUGAGUCUUCUUGGGAAUGAAGCUACAAGCAUGGCACACCUGUAUUUGGGGAGUUUCUCCCAUUCUUCUCUGCAGAUCCUCUCAAGCUCUCUCAGGUUGGAUGAAGAGCGUCGCUGCACAGCUAUUUCUAGGUCUCUCCAGAGAUGUUAGAUCGGGUUCAAGUCCGGGCUCUGGCUGGGCCACUCAAGGACACGCAGAGAUUUGUCCUGAAGCCACUCCUACGUUGUCUUGGCUGUGUGCUUAGGGUCAUUGUCAUGUUGGAAGGUGAACCUUCGCCCAGUCUGAGGUCCUGAGCGCUCUGUAGCAGGUUUUCAUCAAGGAUCUCCCUGUACUUUUCACCGUUCAUUUCCCCUCGAUCCUGACUAGUCUCCCAGUCCCUGCCACUGACAAACAUCCCCACAGCAUGAUGCUGCCACCACCAUGCUUCACCGUAGGGAUGGUACCAGGUUUCCUCCAGACAUGAUGCUAGGCAUUCAGGCCAACAAGUUCAAUCUUGGUAUCAUCAGACCAGAGAAUGUUCUUUUUCUGAGAGUCUGAGAGUCUUUAGGUGCCUUUUGGCAAACUCCAAGCGGGCCGUCAUGUGCCUUUUACUGAGGAGUGGCUUCCAUCUGGCCACUCUACCAUAAAGGACUGAUUGGUGGAGUGCUGCAGAGAUGGUUGUCCUUCUGGAAGAAUCUCCCAUCUCCACAGAGGAACUCUGGAGCUCCUUCACAGUGACUAUCGGGUUCUUGGUCACCACCCUGACCAAGGCCCUUCUCCCCCGAUUACUCGGUUUUGCCAGGCGGCCAGCUCUAGGAAGAGUCUUGGUGUUUCCAAACUUCUUCCAUUUAAGAAUGAUGGAGGCCACUGUGUUCUUGGGGACCUUCAAUGCUGCAGAAUUUUUUUGGUGUCCUUACCCAGAUCUCUGCCUCGACACAAUCCUGUCUCGGACAAUUCCUUCGACCUCAUGGCUUGGUUUUUGCUCUGACAUGCACUGUCAACUGUGGGACCUUAUAUAGACAGGUGUGUGCCUUUCCAAAUCAUGUCCAAUCAAUUGAAUUUACCACAGGUGGACUCCAAUCAAGUUGUAGAAACAUCUCAAGGAUGAUCAAUGGAAACAGGAUGUACCCGAGCUCAAUUUUGAGUCUCAUAGCAGGUCUGAAUACUUAUGUAAAUAAGGUAUUUCUGUUUUUUUAUUUUGUAUAAAUGUGCAAAACAAUCGAAAAACCAGUUUUCACUUUGUCAUUAUGGGGUAUUGUGUGUAGAUUGCAUUUUUUUAAUUUUUUUAAUCCAUUUUAGAAUAAGGCUGUAACGUAACAAAAUGUGGAAAAAGUCAAGGGGUCAGAACACUUUCCGAAGACACUGUAUAUACUGUAACCUAGUAGAUGCCGCCACUUUAGGUCACGUCACUCAGACUAACAAUUUCACACAAGCACACAAUGCAUAAACACACACACAUCCACAUGCAAACACACAAAUUCACUGAAAGGGCACUCACAUUUAUCAGUAAACAUGUCUUUAAACAUGAAUGAGUGAUCAUUUAUUGAUGCAUAGCUGAGUCUUAUAUACAUUCUAGAUACAGAGAGACAAGGUGGAAAUAGUGAUAAAAAUAGAAUGUGUUUCAUUUUACGUUAGGAGGGGUGACAGGGGUAUGGCAUAUGAGGUAAACAUUACCUUUGGGGCCAUCCCCAACGGUACUAUACUGACCUCAUAUACCAUAGCCCGGUGAAGGGGGAAAGUGAGGUGUGUCAAAGGGGACAAUGGGAAUAUUAGGGGUGCUGGACAAUGGGAAUAUUAGGGGUGCUGUGGUGGAAAAUGAUAUGAUUUUAUUUGUGUUGUCCAGUGGAGGCCCUUCACCUGGGGACCCUGAUGGCUGCCCAUGGCUACUUCUUCCCCAUAUCAGACCACGUACUCACACUCAAAGACGAUGGCACUUUCUACAGGUUUCAGGUACAGUGAAUUCAUAGGCUGCAUGGCUCUUAUUUGUACUAUAAUGUACUCAUACUGUCAACCAUAGCUGAUCCAAUCCAUAUCAAAUAAAAUAAAAUAAAAUUGUAUUUGUCACAUACACAUGUUUAGCAGAUGUUAUAGCGGGUGUAGCGAAAUGCUUGUGCUUCUAGCUCCAACAGUGCAGUAAUAUCUAACAAGUAAUAUCUAACAAUUUCACAACAUAUACCUAAUACACACAAAACUAGUAAGGAAUGGAAUUUAAGAAAAUAUACAUAUAUGGACAAGCAAUGACAGAGCGGCAUGGACUAAGAUACAGUAGAAUAUUAUAGAACAGAAUGCAGUAUAUACAUAUGAGAUGAGUAGUGCAAGAUAUGUAAACAUUAUUAAAGUGACUGUAAACAUUAUUAAAGUGACUAGUGUUCCAUUUCUUAAAGUGGCCAGUGAUUUCAAUAGGCAGUAGCAGCCUCUAAUGUGCUAGUGAUGGCUAUUUAACACUGAUGGCCUUGAGAUAGAAGCUGUUUUUCAUUCUCACGGUCCCAGCUUUGAUGCACCUGUACUGACCUCGCCUUCUGAAUGAUAGCGGGGUGAACAGACAUUGGCUCGGGUGGUUGAUGUCCUUGAUUAUCUUUUUGGCCUUCCUGUGACAUCGGGUGCUGUAUGUGUCUUGGAGGGCGGGUAUAAUGCGUUCGGCAGACCGCACCACCCUCUGGAGAGCCCUGCGGUUGCGGGCGGUGCAGUUGCCGUACCAGGUGGCGAUACAGCCCGACAGGAUGCUCUCAAUUGUGCAUCUGUAAAAGUUUGUGAGGGUUUUAGGUGCCAAGCCACAUUUCUUCAGCCUCCUGAGGUUGAAGAGGCUCUGUUGCGCCUUCUUCACCACACUGUCUGCGUGGGUGGACCAUUUCAGUUUGUCGGUAAUGUGUACGCCAAGGAACUUGAAGCUUUCCCCCUUCUCCACUGCAGUCCCGUCGAUGUGGAUAGGGGGGUGCACCCUCUGCUGUUUCCUGAAGUCCACGAUCAUCUCCUUUGUUUUGUUGACGUUGAGUGAGAUGUUAUUUUCCUGGCACCACACUCCCAGAGCCCUCACCUCCUCCCUGUAGGUGGUCUCGUCAUUGUUGGUAAUUAAGCCUACUACUGUUGUGUCGUCUGCAAACUUGAUGAUUGAGUUGGAAGCGUGCUUGGCCACGCAGUCAUGGGUGAACUGGGAGUACAGGAGGGGGCUGAGCACACACCCUUGUGGGGCCCCAGUGUUGAGGAUCAGCGAAGUGGAGAUGUUGUUUCCUACCUUCACCACCUGGGGGCGGCCCGUCAGGAAGUCCAGGACCCAGUUGCAGAGGGCGGGGUUCAGACCCAGGGCCUCGAGCUUAAUGAUGAGCUUGGAGGGUACUAUGGUGUUGAAUGCUGAGAUAUAGUCAAUUAACAGCAUUCUUACAUAGGUAUUCCUCUUGUCCAGAUGGGAUUGGGCAGUGUGCAGUGUGAUGGCGAUUGCAUCGUCUGUGGAUCUAUUGGGGCGGUAAGCAAAUUGAAGUGGGUCUAGGGUGACAGGUAAGGUAGAGGUGAUAUGAUCCUUGACUAGUCUCUCAAAGCACUUCAUGAUGACAGAGGUGAGUGCUACAGGACGUUAGUCAUUUAGUUCAGUUACCUUUGCUUUCUUGUGUACAGGAACAAUGGUGGCCAUCUUGAAGCAUGUGGGAACAGCAGACUGGGAAAGGGAGAGAUUGAAUAUGUCCAUAAACACACCAGCCAGCUGGUCUGCGCAUGCUCUGAGGAUGCGGCUAGGGAUGCCGUCUGGGCCGGCAGCCUUGAAGGGGUUAACAUGCUUAAAUGUCCUAAUCACGUCGGCCACGGAGUAGGAGAGGCCACAGUCCUUGGUAGUGGGCCUCGUCAGUGGCACUGUGUUAUCCUCAAAGCGGGCGAAGAACGUGUUUAGCUUGUCUGGAAGCGACGUGGCUGGUUUUCCUUUUGUAGUCCGUGAUUGUCUGCGCCAGGUUGAUAUCAGACCACACAGGGAGGACUAGGAUUCAUAUGUCGUUGUUGAAUGCUUAUCCACAGGGACCUAUGUGCUUUAUACCUAAUCCAUUUAUAUUGCUGGAUGUUUUACUGAGGCAACUAAAGUGCCUCGCUCUAGAGAAAUAACAGGGAUUUUAGCCAGGUGUCUCAGUUCUUAGAUCAGUUCUUAGAUCAAGGUGUCUCAGUUCUCAGAUCAGUUCUUAGAUCAAGGUGUCUCAAUUCUCAGAUCAGUUCUUAGAUCAAGGUGUUUCAGUUCUCAGAUCAGUUCUUAGAUCAAUGUGUCUCAGUUCUUUAGCUGGCUUGUCCCUCACUAUUUUCUCCUCACAAUCAUUCUCCCCAGACCCCCUACUUCUGGCCAUCAAACUGCUGGGAACCAGAGAAUACAGACUAUGGUAAGUAUUCACUUAGCAGUAGUGAAUAGUAAUACAUAAUGGAAGGCUGUACCGUGCAUUGAAUGUAACCAUCAGGAUGUUAAUAUCAAAAUCAAUUUUAUUUGUGUAGCAUCUGGCAUGCAGGACAUUGUAACCCAAAUGGCUUUGCAGAAGAAAACAGAACCAUCAAUGGUGGUUUGUUCAAUUCAAUAAGUGAAUAUAAGUAUUUGUAUGUCUUAUUUUGUAUAUAAGUUGCAACAACCCCUCCAGCCAUAUAGAUAGCCGUUUGCAUCCCCAAAGCUGCAAUGGAUGUUGUUAAGACCAUUUUGCAAGCCACAUGAUACUCUGGUUAUGGAAUGACUUAUUAAUGUUGUGGCCUAGUCUGCAGCUGAUGCAGAAAGGGUUUGGCAAAGUAAAAAUGUUAUCUGUAAAACAGCAUCUGGUCAAUAGUAGCUUUCUCUGUUUUCUGAUUGGUUUGUUCUUCCUCUGUGUUCUGUGCCGCAGCUGUUUACCUCUGCAAAAGAACAAUGCAAAACAAAGCUCGUCUGGAGCUGGCAGACUACGAGGCGGUAGGAGGUCUUCUCUGUUCAUUGUCAUUGUCUCUUUAGUAUGUUAGCACUAGCAUCCUUAACAUUGAUAUCAGCCUACAUCCAUCUCUUUAGUAUGCUAGCACUAGCAUCCUUAACACUGAUAUCAGCCUGUAUCUUCAUCUCUUUAGUAUGUUAGCACUAGCAUCCUUAACACUGAUAUCAGCCUGUAUCUUCAUCGCUUUAGUAUGUUAGCACUAGCAUCCUUAACACUGAUAUCAGCCUGUAUCUUCAUCUCUUUAGUAUGUUAGCACUAGCAUCCUUAACACUGAUAUCAGCCUGUAGCUUCAUCUCUUUAGUAUGUUAGCACUAGCAUCCUUAACAUUUAUAUCAGCCUGUAUCUUUAGUAUGUUAGCACUAGCAUCCUUAACACUGAUAUCAGCCUGUGUCUUUAGUAUGUUAGCACUAGCAUCCUUAACAUUUAUAUCAGCCUGUAUCUUUAGUAUGUUAGCACUAGCAUCCUUAACAUUUAUAUCAGCCUGUAUCUUUAGUAUGUUAGCACUAGCAUCCUUAACACUGAUAUCAGCCUGUAUCUUCAUCUCUUUAGUAUGUUAGCACUAGCAUCCUUAACAUUUAUAUCAGCCUGUAUCUUUAGUAUGUUAGCACUAGCAUCCUUAACAUUUAUAUCAGCCUGUAUCUUUAGUAUGUUAGCACUAGCAUCCUUAACACUGAUAUCAGCCUGUGUCUUUAGUAUGUUAGCACUAGCAUCCAAAACAUUUUUAUCAGCCUGUAUCUUUAGUAUGUUAGCACUAGCAUCCUUAACAUUUAUAUCAGCCUGUAUCUUUAGUAUGUUAGCACUAGCAUCCUUAACAUUGAUAUCAGCCUGUAGCUUCAUCUCUUUAGUAUGUUAGCACUAGCAUCCUUAACACUGAUAUCAGCCUGUAGCUUCAUCUCUUUAGUAUGUUAGCACUAGCAUCCUUAACAUUUAUAUCAGCCUGUAUCUUUAGUAUGUUAGCACUAGCAUCCUUAACACUGAUAUCAGCCUGUGUCUUUAGUAUGUUAGCACUAGCAUCCUUAACACUGAUAUCAGCCUGUGUCUUUAGUAUGUUAGCACUAGCAUCCUUAACAUUUAUAUCAGCCUGUAUCUUUAGUAUGUUAGCACUAGCAUCCUUAACAUUUAUAUCAGCCUGUAUCUUUAGUAUGUUAGCACUAGCAUCCUUAACAUUUAUAUCAGCCUGUAUCUUUAGUAUGUUAGCACUAGCAUCCUUAACACUGAUAUCAGCCUGUAUCUUCAUCUCUUUAGUAUGUUAGCACUAGCAUCCUUAACAUUUAUAUCAGCCUGUAUCUUUAGUAUGUUAGCACUAGCAUCCUUAACAUUUAUAUCAGCCUGUAUCUUUAGUAUGUUAGCACUAGCAUCCUUAACAUUUAUAUCAGCCUGUAUCUUUAGUAUGUUAGCACUAGCAUCCUUAACACUGAUAUCAGCCUGUGUCUUUAGUAUGUUAGCACUAGCAUCCAAAACAUUUUUAUCAGCCUGUAUCUUUAGUAUGUUAGCACUAGCAUCCUUAACAUUUAUAUCAGCCUGUAUCUUUAGUAUGUUAGCACUAGCAUCCUUAACAUUGAUAUCAGCCUGUAGCUUCAUCUCUUUAGCAUGUUAGCACUAGCAUCCUUAACACUGAUAUCAGCCUGUAGCUUCAUCUCUUUAGUAUGUUAGCACUAGCAUCCUUAACAUUUAUAUCAGCCUGUAUCUUUAGUAUGUUAGCACUAGCAUCCUUAACAUUUAUAUCAGCCUGUAUCUUUAGUAUGUUAGCACUAGCAUCCUUAACAUUUAUAUCAGCCUGUAUCUUUAGUAUGUUAGCACUAGCAUCCUUAACAUUGAUAUCAGCCUGUACCUUCAUCUCUUUAGUAUGUUAGCACUAGCAUCCUUAACACUGAUAUCAGCCUGUAUCUUCACAGUGAAAACCUUUUGUUCUGUUGCUAUUAUUGUGUUAUUAUAUCAUGUCAUGAAAUAAGACAAAUAAUUGUUUGGCUAGAUUUACUGUCUGUAUUUUUUAUGUUUAUUGUUGUUUCAGGAGAGCUUAGCGAGGUUACAGAGAGCAUUUGCCAGAAAAUGGGAGUUCAUAUUUAUGCAAGCAGAAGCACAAGCAAAGUAAGUUUCCAAAAGAAACAAAUCUACUAUGUGUUGAUGAGUGUUAAGUUGAUCACCACACUCCUCAUUAUAACGGAUAUGCCAUCAUCUCUAACUACCACUUCUCAGCAGUUUCCUAAUAACACCACAUUUUAGGCAGGGGAAGUGGCAAAGAAAAAACAUUAAUAAUUACACAAAAUAUGGUUUUGUGAAAAAACCUAAAAAGUAAUUGCUUGUACUGUGUAUCCUAUCUCCUCAGAGUUGACAAGAAAAGAGAUAAGAUUGAGAGGAAAAUUCUCGAUAGUCAAGAAAGAGCAUUUUGGGAUGUGCACAGACCAGUGGUGAGUUUAUUGUGCUUUUAAAAUCUCAUGCUACAAGACUUACAGUAUCUCCAUAACAUAACACCUAGCUACAGUGUUAGUGCAAAUGUUCCACUGGAGCAUACAGCUAACUGGAGGCUAAGGGAUCCAUUCAAUCUGUAUCGCUUAACUCCAGCGCAAUAGUGCAAUUGAAAUGUAAAGGUAAUUUCCAAUUGAGCGGACAUAUGCAGCAUUUACUGUGAAUGCAGUCUCCACGAACGCGGAACAUUGCCUUUAAAUUUAAAUCGCGCUAUAGCGCUGAACUUCCGCGAUACAGAUUGAAUCGAGCCCCUAACUUAGUAUUUCUGUUUGUGGAAUAUUGUUGUGUAUUGUCAUGCAUACAUGCUUAGAAAUAUCCAUUGUCAAAAACCUACAUUGAUCUUAUCUUAGAAAUAAAAAAUAUGUGGCAUGGAUUUUUUUAUUAGAUGUUUUUUGUAAAAUGUUAUAGAACUUUCUUCAGUCUACAAAGCAAUUUAUUUCUCUGUUCAAUGUGAAUAAUGUGAGGGACAAUCGUCAAUUUUUUUUUGCUUGGUAAAGGCAGCGCUUUCUUCUUUCUUCUUUGUCUGCCAUAAUGUCAAAAUGUUAUUAUUGUACCGUCAAUUCCUCAAAAAUAAUGUAUUCACCUGCAGCUCUCCUGUGGUCUGUAUGACCUCAUCAUCCAUUCAGACACACUUCCUUCUUAGUAAUAGCUUCCACUAGGGAAUGGAUCCACUUCCUUGGAAAAAUCCAGCUCCAUGAGCUUAAUUGUAAAAUAACAGGAUCAAUUCAUGCAUGCUUGGGACAUUAUAAUCAGGUUCCUUUCUGAUUUCACAGCAGCCUCGUCAAACCAAUUAGCCACCGUGGUCCUGGAGGAUACCUUAAUUGUGCUCCUUGUUUAAUCAUGCGGGACAUUCAGACAAUAUGUUUUACAUUAGUAUUUAGCUAGAUCAUGUUUGACUGAGCUUGUAGCAAAGUGCAAUAGAAAAAGCUGGAUUUCUGGGUUCACUAAACAGUCCUACCUGAGCUGCUAGUGAAUCAAUAGGAAGAAGCAGAGAAUGCUCCCUGAAGGGCAUGCUUUUAUUCUGUUAAUUUCUGUUGCUCUCCAGCCCGGAUGUGUAAACACAACAGAAGUUGACAUAAAGAAGUCCUCCAGAAUGAAAAAUCCCCAAAAGACAAGAAAGGUAACUCUUCCUAUAAAUCCAUUAAUUCUGAAUAACAGGUUAGCUGAAACACUGUUAAAAAAUAAAAAAUAAAAUUGACUUUGGGUGGUUUCUGUUUGAUUGUCUCUGCCUCAGUCUGUAUAUGGGCCUCAGAAUGAUGUGCGAACCCACAGCCCCACUCACACCCCCGCCCAAGAGGCCAAGCCAGCCACAGAGGAGCAGCUGCAGGACCAGGUAAUGUAGAGGUUGCUGGACUGCCUGGGUAGCUUCUCUUGCAUUGCAAAAUGUAUGAUUGGAAGGAAACUGUUCUUUCCAAAUGUACACUUAAGAUGGCAACACUGUUACUGUCUUAUUAGUUUGACCAGUUUCCAGAAAUUCACAAAAUACUGUUUCCCCUUGUUGUUCCAGAUCAAUUAUUGGGGAGGGCAAUUAGACAGACAUCGACUGAAAAUGUCCAAAGUGGCCGAGAGGUGAGCGAAGUUCUCCAUCUCUUCAUUUUCCCCCCACUGAUCCCUUCAUGAACUCUCUAAAACUUAAUGUAGCCAGUAAUUAAGAGCUUAGACAACCUUGAAAAGUGUUUAGCCUGAACAAUACCUGCUGUGUAUCAUCAGCACUAAGGCUAAUUGUAAUUUAUUGUGCUGUUAUGUAACACUGAACAGAGAGUACGUAACAUUGAACAGAGAUUACCAUCCUCAGCUGCCUGGGUUACUCACUAUUGUGUUAAAACAAAGAUACUGCAUCACUUCCUGCUAUCUUCGAAGGUCAAAUACUGUGUAGCACUGUUGUUAGUCAUAUCCUGAGUUCCCCAGGCCGCACAAUACAUUGUCACAUUUUCUGUCCACUCUACCUGCCUGAACUGAAUAGUAAGUCUUUCUCUCCAGUUUGUUGGCCUAUACAGAGCAGUAUGUGGAAUAUGACCCCUUCAUCACGCCGACCGACCCCUCCAACCCCUGGAUCUCAGACGACACCGCAGUGUGGGAGCUGGAGGCCAGGUGUGUCUUCUUGGACUGUCUUUUUAAAAAUUAUUAUUACAUCUCUGUGGUUAUUCUGUGUUGUUUUACACUGGUACAAGUAGUGAGUGGUACCAGUAAAUUAUUUGUGAGUUGCUCUGGAUCAGACCAUCUCCUGAGGGAUGUCAGGUAGUAAUAAAAUUAUUUGUAGCUGUGUAGUGUGCACUGUUAACUGUUCACUGAGAUUUUCCCUCUAUACACUGUGGUGUCUGACUGCGUGUGUCUCUUCCUAGUAAGGAGCCAGGUCAGCAGAGGGUGAAGAGGUGGGCUUUCGGCAUCAACGAGGUUCUCAAGGAUCAGGUGGGGAGGGAGCAGUUCCUCAAGUUCCUGGAGUCUGAGUUCAGCUCAGAGAACCUGAGGUAGGGAUACAGUACAUACACACACACGUAACACACAUGCACGCACGUACACCCCCACAUGCACACACUCUCACUUCCUUUCUCUCACACACAAUCAUAACCUAUCCUUGCACUUCAUUCAUGUUUCCUGUACUUCCUCUUCUGGUACUUGUCUGAACUGUUUUGCCCAGAGCUAAUCUUCAGGUCAAUCUGGUAAUGUGUUAUUAUCUAACUGAGUGAGAGUCAGAGGUGGAAUUUAACACCUAAUUGGUCACAUUAAUUACCCUAUAAUUAGAUAUGUGAUGUUAUCAUCAUUAAAGGACAUAACUGAGCACUGAAUUUAUAUUUCAGACAAAUAUUUUCAGACAAAAUCUCUGCAAUACUUAUCCAGAAAUUCCUAUAAGAAACCAUGUUGGGAAAACGGCUUAUCCUGGACAAAACAUGCACAGCAGGCACAAGCAUGCACACAUAUAAUAUGUUGCUAGUCCUAUAUUAGCCUGAAGAGUGAUAGAGAAAGACAAAAAUAAAGGGGUUCAAGGGAUAGAUUUUGAGUGGAUUUUCCCUUUAACUAUAAAGAUUAUCUUUUGGUAUUUUUUUAAUUAGUCCAGCGUUGAUACAGUCCCAAAAUGUUUUGCAUGUCAGCAGUCAAUUUUUCAAGAUAUUGGACUUUCAAGAAGCAAAGUGUCACCGGCCACAUCAUGGUGAUGAUGAUGCAAAAUACAACUGUGUUAUUCCCCGCCCCCCGUGUUGUGUCCUGCAGGUUCUGGCUAGCGGUCCAGGAGGUAAAGAAAAGGCCCAUCCGGGAGGUCCCGACCCGGGUUCAGGAGAUCUGGCAGGAGUUCCUGGCCUCUGGAGCUCCCAGUGCCAUCAACGUUGACUCUAAGAGCUAUGACAAGACCACCCAGAACGUCAAGGACCCUGGACGCUACGCCUUUGAGGACGCACAGGUAACACUGUAGUAAUAUGUUAGUGAACAGUAGGGUAAUUAUAGGCAGGUUACUGACUUAUGCUUGUAGUGUGUUUGGGAAAUCAGCUGGAUAAGCUACUGUACUGUUCAGUACAUUUGUCUCAACAGAAAAUAUUCUGGGACGUUGAAUUGUAUCAAGGGUUGUUACAACAUGACCAUCACUGUGGUUGAACCAUUUCCUUGUGGUUGACAGGAUCACAUCUUCAAGCUGAUGAAGAGUGACUCCUACAGCCGCUUCAUCCGUUCCAGUGCCUACCAGGAGCUGCUACAGGCCAAGAAAAAGGUAAGGUCUUCAAAGAAUAAACAUGGCUGUGUGCACUGCUGUUCUCUGACCUGCCCUGCCUCAGGCCUGGAUCAAUGACAUUGGUGCCUCCAGCAGUGAAGGAAUAGCUACUGUAGCAGCAUUUUCACAUGUAAAGAAAAUGCCUCAUAAGGUGUCUGACCUGUAACGAUGGUUGUGAUAAUGGGGUAAUUAAGCAAUAAGGCCUGAGGGGGUGUGGGAUAUGGCCAAUAUACCACGGCUAAGGGCUGUUCUAAUUCACGACGCAACGCGGAGUGCCUGGAUACAGCCCUUAGCCGUUGUAUAUUGGCCAUAUACCACAAACUCCCGAGGUGCCUUAUUGCUAUUAUAAACUGGUUACCAGCGUAAUUAGAGCAGUAAAAGUACAUGUUUUGUCUUACCUGUGGUAUACGGUCUGAUAUACCACGGCUGUCAGCCAAUCAGCAUUCAGGGCUCGAACCACCCAGUUUAUAAGGUCUGAUAUACCACAGCUUUCAGCCAAUCAGCAUUCAGGGCUCGAACCACCCAGUUUAUAAUUAAAAUGAUAGUUCCUUCAUGAUUUUCUAUGAUUUGGCUUAUGUUUUGUGUUAUGUCACAUAUCACUGUAUAAUUCUCAUCGUAAUCACAUCAGCAUAUCCUUAUUUUCGCUUUUAUUUUUCAAAGGGCCUCUCCUCACAGUUUAGUUUGUUUCCCAUUCCUUCACUUUUUGGUUUCAGCUCUGUCUUUCUUUUCUGUCUUUCUUUUUGUUUCUUUUCUUUUUGUUUCUUUUUCUUCUUUUUUUGGUUAAGUAUGGAGACAUUCAGGACCGCAGAACUUCAUUUGAGAAAUUCACUCGAAAUGUGGUAAGAGGACAUGGGUUUUUCUGGUCGACCAACGGGCCUGUUCAGAUAAAGCAUGUCCACUGCUUUAUCACUCUCUCCUUCCCUCCCUCACCUCUGGGACCUGUCAUGGACACGGGCAUGGUGACGUUUCAUGACCAUCUUUUUCAGGGCCUUGUCAACAUGUACUGUGCCUCUCCUUUCCUUCCCUUUGGACUUUUAUGUUGCAAUUAUAGCACCAAGUAAGCUUUUCUAAGAGUUUUGUUAACGGAAUUAUUGUGUUUCAUUUCAGAAAUUAACCUAUACAGUGCCUUCAGAAAGUAUUCAUACCCCUUGACUUAUUCCACAUUUUGUUGUGUUACAGCCUGAAUUCAAAAUGCAUUAAAUUGUUGUUUUUUUCUCACCCAUGUACACACAAUACCGCAUAGUGACAAAGUGAAAAAAUGUUUUUAGACCUUUUUGCAAAGUUAUUGAAGAUGAAAUACAGAAAUAUCUAAUUUACAUAAGUAUUCACACCCCUGAGUCAACACAUGUUAGAAUCACCUUUGGCAACGAUUACAGCUGUGAGUCUCUAAGAGCUUUGCACACAUGGAUUGUACAAUAUUUCCCCAUUAUUCUUUUCAAGCUCUGUCAAAUUGGUUGUUGAUCAUUGCUAGACAACCUUUUGCAAGUCUUGCCAUAGAUUUCCAAGCAGAUUUAAGUCCAAAUUGUAAUAUGGCCACUCAGGAACAUUCACUGUCUUCUUGGUAAACAACUCCAGUGUAGAUUUUGCCUUGUGUUUUAGGUUAUUGUCCUGCUGAAAGGUGAAUUUAUCUCCCAGUGUCUGGUGGAAAGCAGACUGAACCAGGUUUUCCUCUAGGAAUUUGCCUUUGCUUAGAAGCUCCAUUACGUUUCUUUUUUAUCCUGAAAAACUCCUUAGUUCUUAACGAUUACAAGCAUACCCAUAACAUGAUGCAGCCACCACUAUGCUUGAAAAUAUGGAGAUAUUACUCAGUAAUGUGUUGUAUUUAUUUUUCCCCAAAACAUUUUUUGCAGUAUUAUUUUAGUGCCUUGUUGGCAACAGGAUGCAUGUUUUGGAAUAUUUUUAUUCUGUUCACUCUGUCAAUUAGGUAAGUAUUGUAGAGUAACUACAAUGUUGAUCCAUCCUCAGUUUUCUCCUAUCACAGCCAUUAAACUCUGUAACUGUUUUAAAGUCACCAUUGGCCUUUCACCAUGGUAAAAUCCCUGAGCAGUUUCCUUUCUCUCCGGCAACUGAGUUAGGAAGGAUGCCUAUAUCUUUACAGUGACUGGGUGUAUUGAUACACCAUUAAUAACUUUGCCAUGCUCAAAGGGAUAUUCAAUGUCUGCCAAUAGGUGUCAUCUACCAAUAGGUGCCCAUCUCUGAGAGGCAAAUUCUGGUCUUUGUGGUUGAAUAUGUAUUCGAAAUUCACUGCUCGACUGAGGGAGCUUACAGAUAAUUGAAUAUGUGGGGAACAGAGAUGAGGUAGUCAUUCGAAAAUCCUGUUAAACACUAUUAUUGCACAUAGAGUGAGUCAAUGCAACUUAUUAUGUGACUUGUUAAGGACAUUUUUACUCCUGAACUUAUUUAGGCUUGCCAUAGCAAAGGGGUUGAAUACUUAUUGACUCAAGACAUUUCAGCUUUUCGUUUUUAAUUCAUAUGUAAAAAUGUGGACAAACAUAAUUCCACUUUGACAUUAUGGGGUAUUGUGUGUAGGCCAGUGACAAAAAAAUCUCAAUCUAAUACAUUUUAAAUGCAGGCUGUAAUACAACAAAAUGUGGAAAAAGUAAAUGGGUGUGAAUACUUUCUGAAAGGCACUGUAUAUUUCAUGAUUAACUAAUUAAUCAGACAUUUAUUAGUAAAAAAAUAUUUAUGCAACAAUGGUAGUUAGACAUUCAUCAUUCCCUUUCAAGAACUAGAUGCAAUAGGAGCACAAUAAUAUCAGGAUAUAACCUAUACAUAUUGGUUUAUUAUUCUUGUGAAAUCAUGUUUUAGUGUAGUUUGAUACACAAUGUUGCAUUUGUUAACUCCUCUGAGAGUUAAGGCUGGAUUUAAUCCGUAUCGCAGAAGAUCCACGUUAAAAUGUAAAGGUAAUUUCCGAUUGAGCCGACAUAUGCAGCGUUUACUGUGAAUGCAGUCUCUGCGAACGCGGGAACAUUGCCUUUAAAUUUCAAUCGAGCUAUAACGUGGAUCUUCCGUGAUACUUCUGCGAUACAGAUUGAAUCCAGCCUUUAGAAGAGUCAGCUGAGCUGUUACAGGACAGAGGCAUGUGGCCUCUCCUGCAUGUCUCCCAUUUUGGCCCCUGAAACCAACCUGCCAAAAUGUCCUCCCUCAUUCAUUCUGUGUUCUCUCCUUGUCCCCACAGAAAAGUAAGAACUUGUUUUGAAGGAUUUUACAUCCAGGUAAUAAUGCCAACAAUCAGUGCAGAUUGUUACAGUAAAUUGCAUGUGGUUGCUCACCUCACUGACUUUCAUCCUCUCUGUGUUCACCCUCACAUUUUUGCAUAUUGCAUGGAGACAGCUCUUUUGACAGCUCUUGAUGUAAACUGUAUUCUCUGAAUUAACUUUACUCAGAUUAAGGAAGCUACAGCAUGUCUGAUUUACAGUAUAACACAAUAACACAGUAUGAUGCAAUCAUGUUGUACACUUGAUGCCCAUAGGAUGUCAGUAUAAUCCUGACAUUACACACUUUCAUAUUCCGACCAGGUAGAACUCUCGCUCACUCUGCUAACACACAGACAUUUCCACAUGCUAUAUUACAGGAGGGUGUUGGAGUGAAUCUUAGAUUACAGUAGACAAUUGAUCUCAUUCUCUCUCUUUCUCUUUCCCGCUUCUUCUCUCCUUCUCCCAGGGGAAAUCCCUGACAUCCAAGAGGCUGACCAACCUUGUGCCAUCAUGCUAAAAUACAGCCACUCUGCGAUAUAGAGGAGGACCAUUUCUACGUCAUUUCUACAUCAUCACUGUCUGCUUUCCACUCAGACGAUGAGCUGGACAGUACAUCAGAUGUUGCAUGUCCAAGGAGAAGGCUUGUUAUUUAUUUUACCUGAUCUAUAUCUACUAUUGGCGAGGACAGGCAUUUUGGGACAGACAGGCAUUUUAGGACAGACAUUGAGACCAGAUAAUGCCUUUAAAGAAAGUCAGUGUCCAGUUACUUCCACCAUAUCUGAUGGACACACGUGUUCCUCACCAGCUGAGCUAAUGAUGUCAGAAAACAAUUAAUUGGAAACGACAGCUUAACAGUAAAAUCUAAUCAAAAUAUUAUUACUAUACAGUACACGAUCUGUAAUCACACCUACUUUUGUCACGAUAAGGGAAGUGUUGUGCAGUAUACAUAUAUAUAAAUUAUUAUGUUUAUUUUGCAUUGCUUUUAUUGCACUACAGUAAUUAGCACAGUUUUCAUUACA